AGGUGUAGUAGGCCCCACUUCUCUGCUCAGCACUCGGCUUUGAAAUUCAAUUCGAGAAAUGAAAUUCAAGUAUCAAAAGAAACAUCAGCCAUUCGACCCAAUUAAACAAGCUCUUUUGCACCUAGCACGUGCUAUCGGCAAGGCCUUCCUAUAUCUGGGAACUCCGCCCCUCUGUCCGCUUCACCAGAGCUGUCCUCUCAUCCAGCUCCACUGCCAGUACCUGGCCGCCUGUCCCAUCUGCAGCCUGUGCUCGUUUCCUGAAAUCAAGAUCUAGACGCUAUGUUUGAGUUCGUACUUUUCGUAAUUCAGCAGGUCUGCGGGUUCAUCUGCCCCAUGAAGAUCUUCCACGAAAUUCAGGAAAUGGAGCAGCCAGCGAACCGAGAGGAAUG